AUUUAUUGGUAGAAAAAACAUGGCGGCCAAGCUGCAGUACUGUGCAAGUUGGGCUAUUUGACUCAAGAAAACUUUUUCCAAAGCUAGCCUAAACCCAGAUCACAAGCGCCAAAUUCUCAAGAACUUCCCAGCCCAACUUAACAAGAACUUACGCACAUACUGCAGUGUGAGGCAGAGACACUGACCAGAAGGAAACACCAGAAACCAACGAAACUGUAUAAUGACGUCAGCUGUCAAAAAGUUAAACAGUCCUCAGGCCUGGAAGAAUAUACAGCCGCCAGCACAACAGGACCCUGCCAUUCUGUCCUAUCAGAGGUCUUCUAACCUCCUAUCUAACAAUGGUAAUCGAGAAACAGGAUUCGUCGAAAAACUUCUGCAUUCCUAUGGAUUUAUUCAGUGUUGUGAGAGAGAGGCUCGUCUGUUUUUCCAUUUCAGUGAAUAUUCAGGAGACAUUAAUGGGGUCAAAAUAGGAGAUGCAGUGGAGUUCCAGCUGUCAAGUGAUAGAAGAACUGGUCGUCCAAUCGCCUGUGCCAUCGUAAAAAUCGAUGACACGUCUAAUGAGGUGCUGAGUGAGGACCGGUUCACUGGUUCUGUUGUGCAAGAAGCCAGAGUUAGCAAGAGCAAAAAUGGAUGUGUGAAUGGUAAUAUUGAUGGUAUGGGCAGAGUGACCUAUGAACACAAUGGAGAAUGCUUCUUUCUGCCAUUCGGACUUGAUGAUAUUGAGGACAGCAACCUGAAACUGAAGCCAGGAGACCAAGUGUCCUUCUUUAUGGCUACCGAUAAAAGAAAUGGUAACAUACAAGCCAGAAAGAUUGAGUUAGUUUCCUCCUCCCCUCCCCCGAGAUUUCAGGGUGUGGUUUGUUCUAUGAAGGACUCCUUCGGUUUUAUUGAGAGAGCGGAUGUAGUGAAAGAGAUAUUUUUUCACUACAGUGAAUUUAACGACGACAUUAACGAUCUUGUCCUGGGAGACGAUGUGGAAUUCGAUGUUCAGUCCAGAAAUGGUAAAGAGGUUGCUGUCAACAUUAAAAAGUUACCCGUGGGAACAGUCAUAUUUGAAGAUAUCAGCAUCGACAAAUUGGAAGGGAAAAUCAUCAGAACGUUAAAGAGUAAUCGCAGACAGAGUGAUCCACUAGGUGGAAAAAUUUCCUGCCAGACCAGUAAAGGGACAGAGGAGUUUCCUUACGGUGACAAGGACCAGUGUGGGGAGUUCACGCUCCAGCUGGGGGACCUUGUGGAGUUCCAGGUGGCCACCGACCGCCGCGACAAACUCCAGAGGGCCACCAAGAUCCAGCUACGCCCCGAGACGUUCAACCAGAACGGAGAAAAACGGGAAAAGGGGGUGAUAUCAAACUUGAAGGAUGGCUAUGGAUUCAUUCAGUGCACAGAGAGGGACUCUAAAAUCUUCUUUCACUUCAGUGAACUGAUUGAUUUAGUAAAGGAUGUACGAACAAACGAGGAGGUGGAAUUUACUGUUGUCCCGGACCCAUCUACCCCAAAUCGCCCAAUGGCUAUCCGAAUCCGAUUCUUGCCGAAGGGAAGCGUUUCCUUUAUAAACAUACGUCCUGAAAAGUAUAUUGGGACAGUCGAUCGGGAACCAUCUAGUCAUAAAAGUCCAUCAAAACUUAAAGACAACGAGCCAGCGGGUAAUAUUGUGUUCGAUUAUGAAGGAAAAAUACAAAAUAUUUCUUAUUACAACAAAGACUUAGUGGAUAUUCGAGAAUCCCCCAAAUAUGGAGACAAGGUUGAGUUUUCCAUUGGUGAGAUGAAACGAUCAAAUUCCCGUUUCGCAGCAGCUGUAAGGGUUGUCAUUAGAAACAUACAGGGAAAGUGUCAAGGAUUUAUCGCAACUCUGAAGGAUAAUUACGGAUUUAUUGAGAACGCUGACCAUGACAAGGAAGUCUUCUUUCACUUCAGUUCCUUUGAUGGCGACGCAAAUGACCUUGACCUUGGAGAUGAAGUAGAGUACACAGUCACAAGAAAAAGUGCCAAACUUAGUGCAGAGAAUAUCCGUAAAGUGCCAAAGGGAACUGUGGCUCCAGAGGACAUAUUAUUUGAUAAGGGAGUUCUUCAAGGGAAAGUGAUACGGCCAAUGAGAAUUGUGAACCCAGACCAGGAUGAGUACGCGGGCCUGGUACAAGUGGGCGGGGAGGAUGAUCAAGAUGCGGAAACCUACCCGUACGGAAUCACCAGUCUGACAGACAAGAGGGACUUCCUUCAGAAGGGGGACGCGGUCAAGUUCCAGAUCGCGGCCCAGAGGAGGACAGGCUUACUGAGGGCGGUCAACAUCGCGGCCAUCAGGAAGUUCACCAGGGCCAGGGUAGACUCUGUCAAGGGUCAGUUUGGAUUCAUCAACUAUGAAGCAGAGGAAGGGAAGAAGCUGUUUUUCCACAUGACAGAGGUCCACGAUGGGGUUGAGGUACAGGCAGGGGACGAGGUGGAAUUCAUCAUUGUGCAGAACCAACGCAACGGGAAAUAUUCCGCCUGCAGUCUGCGCAAAAUAACACACACCCAGCGCCCUGAACGUCUACUGAGUCGCAUGAAGAGCAUCAAGGAGGACAUGGUUGGACCCCGGGUCAUCGCCGUUCGACAACCCAGAGGCCCAGACGGCACGAACGGCUUCAAGGAACCUCGCCAGCCCUGGACUCCGCCCCAGGCCUAGGGCCAUUGCCACCACCCCACCUCAGGUCUAAGGCCGAUACAGAUGGGUGGACUACAGUGGAAAAUCUGAUGCUUCUAGGGAAGGCUUCCUGUUGUUUACAUUUGCUUUGUGAUAUAUUUGUUUAUAAUGUUCUCCAUGUUCUUUGGUUAAAGUUCUGUUUUCAGGUCCACAGUAAAAUCAUAUAUAUGGCAGGCAUUUGGAUUUUAAGGUAGAGGUUUGGAUGUGAAUAAACAGCUUCACAGAAAACUAAGCUCAUACAAAACAUAGCGGAAAGGGGGUUGAUUUGCAUAAAUUUUGAAGUAUGUGCAUUAAAGUCCUAUCAGAUUUCUUUUUGAAUAUAGAGGUCAUACCUGAAUUCUUUCUGGAUGGAUAAUUUGACUUUGGGUCAUCGGGUUCAGAUAUCGGUCAAAUUUGGUUUAAACAAUAUAUGAUAUAAGGGUUUAAUUCUGUGAAUGGUUAACUAGGGGUUAUAUAGCUUACUAGGCAAAUUUAGAUCAUUGUCUACGUAAACUUGACUUCCAAACAGUCAUCUGUAUGAUUCUACUGUGGCAUUGAGCUGCAUUUUUAUCUCCAAACGAAAUUUUUUGAUGUGAUUGAAUGUGAAUUUGAGAGUUAAAAUGAGUUGUCAUAAAGUGAGACAGGGUUAAUGUGCAUUAAAAAAGCUGUGAGAUGUUCUUUGCUCCCCCAAAAAAGAAUUUCAUUUGUGCAAUUAUUCAGUGCAUGAUGACAAAGGUUGUUUCAUGCUGAAGAGCAUGAUCAAUAGCUGGUACCAAAUCCAAACUUCCAUCACACAAACAUUUUUUUUUUCUUUCUAUGAACAUUUACAUGUAAAUGCAUGGUACAUGUUUAUCGUAUUAAGUGCCACAGUUGUCGGACGGGUACUUUUACAUCAUUUAAAAAAUUACUGUAGCAUGAAAACUUUUCAUGUCAAGUGAAAACCAAACUAUUCAAGGAGAGAAUGAUGAACAAUUUUGUUGAUACCAAUACAAGAUUGAUAUUUAUGAUGUUCCUUUCACCAACUUUUCAUUAGGUUGGAAUUCAGUUCUAGUCAAAUGUUUGAUUAUAUUAUAUUAUUCUCGAGGUUGUUCAUUCUAAUGAAAAUUUCACAACAUUUCAGCCUGUUCAUUCAUGCAGAUUCAUAUUUUUAUGUUUGUUUAUAUGCCAAUGAACAAUUUUGAACAAAGUACUAUUUUGAACUGCAGCAAAUUGAUUGUAGCAGCUGUAUUGAGAUGAUAAACUUCAGGUAUGGUUUAUGAAAAGCUCAAAAAUAAGGGAAAAGACAACAUUGAGUUUGUGUUAUGCACAAAAAAAGAAAAAAAACGGGUAAAAAAAAAAUUUUUUUGCGAUCUGUUUUUUACACCAGCUAAGAUGCAGCUAAAGCUCUCGAAACAAUCUCUCCUCACAAAAGUAAAUGAUCUCUUGCAUGUUUUUAUGGCAUUCGAAUUGCAAACUUUCCACAAAAAAGAGGUAUCAUUUUUGUCAGUUUUUCUACUGGGGAUUGUUUCAAUAUCAGAUCUAAUCUGAGUUGCCUCUGCUGUAAUUUUUGCCCAUAGAGGUGGAAGAUUUUUUUUCUGAAUCUCAACUGCCAUUGAAAUGAAUUUUUUGCAUGGCUUGGUCAUUAAGGAGAUUUUUAAGGCAAAGAUGGAGCUAUUCACAUAUCUGCCCACAAUUUUAUUUUAUUUUUUGAAGAUUUUUUUAAGAGGUCUAAAUAUAAUUUAAGGUGUCUUUCGCCAUCUUCAGCAAAUUUUAUGAAGACACAAAGAGAUAAAACGUGUUGUUGAAAGAAUGGUUCCACCAAAAAGAAAGUAAUCAAACAAUAACACUAACAUCUCUUAAGCAACAACUGUACAGUGAAUUAUUAAUAAUGAAGGCUCUUCUACAUUGAAUGUCUGAUGUGGUAUACAUGAAGAUUUGUAUUGAAUGUUUUACAUUUACAGAAACAUCUUCCCCACCUCUGUAUUUUCUGUUAACAGUGUGAUGAAUUCCUUUGCUAUGAGCAAUGAUUGACAAUCGAUCCUUAAGUUAAGUAAGAGGAGUUAGUGAAAUGUGAAAGUUUCGGAAUUUGAGAAACGGGGUAUUUAAAAAGCAAGAUGGAGAAUUUUUGAUUUUUGUAAUAAGGGGGGUAUUUAUUAAUGUGAGAGAACCAUAAGAAAUGUGGAGCAUCUUUGUCAAAUUUACUGGUGCUUAUUGUAACAUUUUUGCGACAAGUUUCAUGGUGCAUGUUACUUGAAGUACAUUUUAUGUUGAAACUCAAUUAAAAAAAAAAGUAUAAAAAGAGAUUAAAAAAACUUGUCAAAAAAUAAAGAAAAAACUAUUGAAAUUCAUGAAA